AUGGAUGCGAGCUUCUCGGUAAAGAACCCCGCCAGGAGUACGGGAGGAAGCCAGUGGUACCCACCCACCCACUACUACCCCCGGCUACCACCCCUUUCGUGUGCGAGCUACCGCGUCAUCAUCGCGUCUCCGGCUUGCAGCCUGGCGGAACUUUUCGCCCACAAUCACAUCCUUGAGAGGGUCUUGGAAUCAUUACGCACUAUCACCAUCACGACAGCAAGACCACAGAACGUUCCAAUGGCCGGAUUCGUGUCCGUUAAUAGCCCGACUGAACACGCCCCUCCUGCUGCUGUAGCUGCUGUAGCUGCUGCCCCACCCACUACCCCAGCUUCAACAAAUGGCACAAAGCGAAAGCGUGAUGCCCAGGUGAAGUUCUACGCCGUCCGUAUCGGCAAGGCUCCAGGCAUCUACAGCACAUGGAACGACUGUCUGGAUCAAGUUCGAGGCUUCCCCAAAGCCACCUUCAAAUCCUUCACAUCCUUGACCGACGCCCAGCAUUUCGUGGAAGGCGAGAGUGACCAUAUGAGUGGUGUGGGAGGCGGUAAGGGAGGUAUGGGCGCGCCGCAGAAAUGGUAUGGAGUGCAAUGCGGGCGAGUGCCGGGAGUGUACACAAGCUGGCAGGACGUCCUCGAUCAGAUUCGUGGGUGGAAGGGGCCGAAGCACAAGGGCUUCAAGACACGUAUAGAGGCCGAGCUGUAUGUCAAGGAAGGUCAGCAACCACACGGCAUGAACGGUGAUGCGCCGAUGGAGAGUAUAGAGACGUCAGAAGGACCUGCCAAGAAGAAAAGUAAGAAGUCUGGCGUGGUGAAGAACGAACAUGGGGAGAGCUACCCGGGGGAGCAAGGCGAGUAUGAGCCUGGCGAAGCACCUCUGAAUGGUGCAGAAGACGACUUCGACACAGACAUUACCCUCGACCAAACCACUGGCUCGCUCCGCUACAAGAACGCGGAAGAGACUCAGAAAACAAAGUACCAAGCCUCUCGACCUGUCGAAAGUGCACCGGUCCGCAUAUACACAGACGGCUCCUCCCUAUCCAACGGCCAAGCAGGCGCCAUAGCAGGCGUAGGAGUCUACUUCGGCCCGCUCGACGGCCGCAACAUCUCCGAAGGCUUGACGGGCACGAAACAAACCAACCAACGUGCCGAACUGACCGCCAUCCUCCGCGCGCUCGAAAUCGCGCCCAAAGACCGCAAACUCAUCCUCAUCUCUGACUCCAAUUACGCCAUCAAAUGCGCCACAGAAUGGUUCACCAACUGGCGCGGAAACGGCUGGCUCAACGCAUCGAAGAAACCCGUGGAAAACCGCGAUCUAGUCACGAAAUUAAUCGAUCUGCUGGAAGAAAGGCACGUGAUGAAUAGUCAUCGCUCCUUCGGCCAAGAAGACGAGAGCGUGGAGGAGGAUGGUAAGGCUCCUGGGCCUUGGGAGCGUGGGCCCGCGGGGGUGAAGUUUGUCUGGGUCAAGGGGCAUUCGAAGGAUGAGGGGAAUGAGGCUGCGGAUGGGCUGGCUACGGCUGGGGCGAGGGAGGCGAGGGAGCUGGUUGAUGGGGAUAACGACUUUUAG